CCUGUGUAGCUGCUGCUCUACUGAUGAGAGGAGACACCUGCAGCUCUGCAACAGUCUGAUUAUGUCUGCAGCUGGUUCAGGGUGCUUCCCGUCAAUGAUGGCGUGUGUUUGUUUGUUUGUUGUGCGCUGCAGGCGUGCAGUCAGACAGCGACUCGUCGUCCGCAGUGAACAACAAGCUGAGCGGGCCGAGCAGCGUGAAGCCGAACCGACCCUCGCUGGCCAAGAUCCUCCUCAGUCUGGAUGGAAACUUGGCCAAACAGCAGGCUCUGUCUCACGUGCUGUCGGCCCUCCAGAUCAUGUAUGCGAGGGAUGCGGUGGUCGGUGCUCUGAUGCCGGCCAGCAUGAUCCUACCGGCGGAGUGUCCUUCCAGCUCCCCGGUUCCGCCGUCAGACUCCUCAUCCUCGUCCAGCGUGAGCGAUGAAGAAGGUCCUCCUGUGCUGCCUGAAGCCGAGGAACGUGUCAGCCCCAAUCCCUGGCAGGACAAGAAGGGAGAGGCUCCCUCAUCAGAGGACGCCGUCACCCCGUCAUCAGCCAUCACUCCCUCCGCCUCCGGAGCCUCCUCGCGUCCUUUCAUCCCCGUCACCGAUGACCCCGGAGCCGCCAGCAUCAUAGCCGAAACCAUGACCAAGACCAAAGAGGACUCUGAGAGCCAGAGUAAAGUGGUCGGUCCGGAGCCUCAGUACCUGGACGAGUUCACCAGUCUGCUGGUGCCGGAUGAUACCCGCGUGAUGGUGGACCUGCUCAAACUGGCCGUGUCCUGUCGCUCUGGGGAGAAGGGCAAGGAGGUCCUGUCUGCUGUGCUGUCUGGGAUGGGAACGGCUUAUCCUCAGGUUGCUGACAUGCUGCUGGAGUUGUGUGUCACCGAGUUGGAGGAUGUUGCCACGGACUCGCAGAGCGGCCGACUGUCCUCCCAGCCGGUCGUUGUGGAGAGCAUCCAUCCGUACACAGACGACACCUCCACCAGUGGAACCGUGAAGAUCCCAGGAGCCGAGGGUCUGAGGAUAGAGUUCGACAGACAGUGUUCCACCGAGCGACGCCACGACCCGCUGACGAUCAUGGACGGAGCCAAUAGGAUCGUCUCUGUCAGAUCAGGUCGGGAGUGGUCCGACUGGUCCAGCGAGUUGAGGAUCCCCGGAGAUGAACUCAAGUGGAAAUUCACCAGCGACGGCUCGGUGAACGGGUGGGGCUGGCGCUUCACCGUCUACCCCAUCAUGCCGGCUGCUGGUGAGCUUCCAACACACAUAACACUCUCAUAAUUCAUCUCUAAUAUC